UAGUAUGUUCAAAGGACCUCAGGAACAAAAUGAUUUAGGUUAGGCAACCUCGAAUUCUAGAACAACUUCCCUUCUUCAAGCAUCACUUAUCAACAACAGCCGAGUCUCCACAACCCUAGCAUCAUGCAGCGCUAUAGAGAAGACGCCUCUGAUGAGAGCCAAGGUGAAGAAGACAUUCCUUUACACUACAAGCGAGCUUUCGGCGCAGGACUCAAGCGACAAAGGGUCGAAUUUGUUCCCGCCAGAGAUCCCGAUGCCGGUACUACAACCACAAUCACCCCAGCGAAAUCCACAGAUACUUCUAUCGGUGAUUUAUAUGCGAGCAUUGUUCUAAAACCUGCCGAAGACAAAGAGACCAAAGCCUCAGAAGAAGAGCCAGAGGAAAUAUGUCCAGACUGCAAACUCCCCAUUUCAUCAACUUCACAGCCUCACGAAGCAUCUUUCGCUCACCAAGUCUCACUCACUCACUCCCACCCCCCAUCAGCACUUGAUCGCUCACGCAUGGGUCUAAAAGCUCUAAAGUCUCAGGGUUGGGACCCCGAUGCCAGACGAGGUCUAGGAAGAGAAGGCGAGGGAAUGCGAUAUCCUAUCAAAGUGGUGGCAAAAGAAGAUACCCUCGGCAUUGGAGCAACAAUACCGAAAGAGAUUCAAGAAAAGAAAAAGGAAGAGAAGCCUAAACCGCUGAACAGAAAGGAAGCCAAGCAGUUGGCGGCUAAAGAACGACAGCGGCAUGAGAGACUACAGGGUGAGAUUUAUGGGAGAGUUGAUGUGGAAAGCUAUCUGAGGGGGAAAGGCGAUGAUGGAUGAUGACAAAGGCAACGGGAAAUACAAAUAGAGAAGAACAAAGACACUCGAGGCUCCGGUUACAUUGUAUCCGGUCUUCGAUAUCACAGGCCACCACGCGGUUGAAGAGAUGCCUAUUCUAGGACUUGCUCAAGGACUCACCGCCGGAUCAGAAGAUUUCCCCGGAAAGACAACACUAGGCAAUUCCGCUGUACCUGAAGCCAUCACAGCCGGGCAUUUCGGCUCAGAGUACCGCGACGCCAGUGCCAUCAGCUCUGAUUUCGAGAGUCAUUUACAGUCAACUGAGCUUAAGCACUGAGGUAUAUCAAGAGUUUCAGAAUGAACCAAGUGUUUCACGUUGCAUAAACGAAACAGUGAUAAACAUACGGAUAUAUCUAUAUCGAGAUCAUCAACAGAAUAUCCACAAAUUUUAUUCUAUCUAAAAAGUCAAGAAAUGAAGUCGAAAUAUACUCAAAAUUCAAG